GCAGCAGCAACCAGAGGCAGCAGCACUGCCACCAAGAGCCUCCGCCGCCGCCUCCUCAGCCUUCCCGCUGCGACCCGCUCCUCCUCCUCCUCCUCCUCCUCCUCUCCUCCUCCUCCUCCCUUGGCGAUGCCGAACCAGAAGACUAACAAGGGCAAGAAGAACAAGCGCGCUAACAGCAGCGGGGACGAGCAGGAAAAUGGAGCCCUGGCCGCGACGGGAGCUGCGGGCGCCGGAGGAGUCCUGGCCGCCGUGGCUGCGGUCGGAGCAAGCGGGCCCGUGGCGGCUGCAGGAGGUGGAGGAAGCUCCGGGGCAGCAGCGGCGGCGACAGGCUCGGCUUCGGGCGACUCUAAAAACGAAGCACCUUGUGCUACACCACUGUUGUGUAGCUUUGGACGGCCCGUUGACCUAGAAAAAGAUGACUACCAGAAAGUUGUUUGCAACAACGAGCAUUGUCCCUACAGCACUUGGAUGCAUCUUCAGUGUUUUUACGAAUGGGAGAGCAGCAUUCUGGCUCAAUUUAAUUGCAUCGGAAGAGCAAGGAGUUGGAACGAGAAACAGUGUCGGCAAAAUAUGUGGACCAAGAAAGGAUAUGAUCUUGCCUUCCGUUUUUGUUCAUGUCGAUGUGGACAAGGCCAUUUAAAAAAAGACACAGAUUGGUACCAAGUAAAACGAAUGCAAGAUGAAAAGAAGAAAAAAUCAGGGUCUGAAAAAAGCAGUGGAAGAUCAACAUCUGAGUCUUCAGAAGAUCUUAAAAAGUGCAGGUCUGCUAACAAACCACAGAAAGGUUUAAACCAUGAUCUUCAACGACGGCAUUCAAUGGAUAGGCAGAACUCUCAAGAGAAAGGCACUGCUUGCGGUAGCUAUGCCGUCCGUUCUCCCUGUGGUUCUCCUGGACAGUCCCCCCCUGCAGGUUAUUCUGUUCUUGCCCCCACCCAUUUCAGUGGACCCCGCUCUUCACGAUAUUUAGGAGAAUUUUUGAAGAAUGCCAUCCAUUUAGAACCUCAUAGAAAGAAUAUGACCAAUAGUGGUAUGUUUAGAAAUGCUCACUUUGAUUAUGGGACAUCAGGAUUACAAGCACAUAGAUCAGGACAUUUUGAUGCUCCAGUACAAUUUUUGAGAAGGCUUGAUCUAUCUGAACUCCUUGCUCACAUACCUAGGCAUAAAUUGAACACUUUCCAUGUCCGUAUGGAGGAUGAUGCCCAAGUGGGUCAAGGAGAAGAUUUACGUAAAUUCAUUCUUGCAGCACUCAGUGCCAGUCAUCGAAAUGUUGUCAACUGUGCGUUAUGCCAUAGAGCAUUGCCUGUAUUUGAACAGUUUCCACUGGUGGAUGGAACUUUGUUUCUUAGUCCAUCAAGACAUGAUGAAAUUGAGUAUGAUGUUCCCUGUCACCUUCAAGGAAGGCUUAUGCACCUAUAUGCUGUUUGUGUAGACUGUUUAGAAGGGGUUCAUAAAAUUAUCUGCAUAAAGUGCAAAUCUCGGUGGGAUGGAAGCUGGCAUCAGCUGGGAACCAUGUAUACUUAUGACAUUCUAGCAGCUUCUCCUUGUUGUCAGGCUCGGCUGAACUGUAAACACUGUGGGAAACCUGUUAUAGAUGUACGUAUUGGGAUGCAGUAUUUCUCAGAAUACAGCAACGUUCAGCAGUGUCCACACUGUGGAAAUUUGGACUAUCAUUUUGUGAAGCCAUUUUCCUCAUUUAAAGUUCUGGAGGCUUAUUGACAAAAGUUUUGCCAUAGUAAUAGCUAUUUUAUGAAUAUUGUUCCAUUUAUUUUACAUAUCUUUUAUAAGAUCUGCUCUGUGAAGGGGAGGGGGGAUUUUUUUCUAAUUGAAAGGAAAGUGCAGCAGCUUUGCGUGAUUAUGUAAAUGUGUUCCUGUGUAGAUGUGUGUCAUUCAGACAGAGGUCCUCUUGCCAUGAUUUCAGUGAAGGCUGGAGAUGCAGCGCCAUCUUUUUUUUUCUCUCUCUCUCUAUCAUAUUAUCCUAGCUCUUUUCCAGAUAUGUUGGGAUCAUACUGCUCUGACAAAGAUGUUCCAUCACAUCUGGGAAGUUGUCUACAUUCACCCAGGUUGGAGAGGAAAUUCCAUUCUAUUUGUUCCCUUUAUUGUUAAAUGAAACAGUGACUUCAAGAUAUGGAGAAGUUUUUUGUAGGUUGGAGAGAUGAACAGAUUUUCAUAAACAUGUAGAAAAAAGAAAAUUGUAGGUCUGCCCAGAUGAAGAGUGAAAUCCAGCAUCAUGGGAGUAGAAUUCUGCUUAUAGAUAAGGAUCAGUGGUGGGAUUCAGCCGGUUCGCACUGGUUCAAGCGAACCGGUUGUUAAAUUAACCCCACUAUCAAAGUGUAUCCUGCGCACUGCACUGCAAUGGAAAAACAGGCAACAGAGCGGCCAGCACGAGGGAAGGAGAAGACCGCUUUCUCUCUUUCUUCUCCCUGCUCCUCCCCCUUCCCUCGUGCUGGCUGUUCCGUUGCCUGUUUCUCCAUUGCAGUGUAGUGCAGUGUCCUGGAUCCACUUUGAUAGUUCGUCCAGGGUCAGGUUGGCCGUUGCGGGAGGUUUAUCCUGCAUGUGCAGUGGAACUGAAGGACAGGGAUUGGCCAUGCCUCCCAUGACAGCCAACCUGACCCUGGGUGAACCGGUUGUUAAAUUAUUUGAAUCCCACCACUGCAUAAGGUGGUCCCUACAGUCUUCCGCUGUGUCCUGAAAAUCAGUUCUGAAGAGCGGGAGACUCAACAUAUUUUGAAGAUGUUGAGGGGAAUAGAAAGUGGUUCCAUCCUAAGCAGCACUCCAAUUACUACUGCCUUUUCCAAUGCACUCUAUAUUUCAAGGCCUAAGAUAACAUGGAAGAGGUGUCACAAAUUGUCAUAACCUCUCCAUUGCUUAAUGUUAAUCUACAGACUUCAAGUUUGUAUGCAGAUCCUAUCUGUACAUUUUAGAUGAACUAAGAAAGAAUGCUGGGUAGUUGUACAGCCAGCUUUUCAAAGACAUUUUCCUUGUGUGUGCCUCUGUCCAAUGAUUAUCUUCAUAUUUUGCUCCUUUGUUGAAUUUACAUCAUUCCUAGAAGCAAAAUCAGGACUUGAUAAUAUUAGUAGUGCUGGUUAAUACAGUUUGAGGCUCUGUUUGUUGAGAUAAACUUAACCAUUGACAAAUGAAUGUAAUACUAUGUCAGAAAAUGCACUGUUUAAAACUGUUUUAUUUUUGCAUAGUGUCUUCCUGGGAUAUAUAUUUGAUAAUCAUAGUUACUCUCACUGACAGAUCAUACUGUUUCCACUAACGCUGUAAUUCAAACAGUCAGGGAAAUUUCUACAAAAAACCCCAAGCUUGCAAUUUUAAUAAGUUGUGUUAUUUCAGCUUUUUUCAAGCAUUUUAAAGUCACCUUAGGGUGUUUGGUAGUACUGCAAAACUCAUUACAAAAUCUGUUAUCAAGAGAGGUAUCUGCAACUUAAGUUGCAGAUUUUUUCAUUGUGAUUAAUCCUUGUCUCUUGGUACAGUUAUAGUAAACUAUGUUCAAACUAAAUGAAGGAUGAUAGAUUAGUGUGCCUACCUGUGAAUUAAUUGUCCCUAUAGGUUGAAAUAUUUAAUGAUUUCUUUACAGUAUUUCAAAAGUGUUCUCUAAAACUGAACGGUGUUUAUAGAACAGUUUUUAUUAGCUGUUCACAUAUUUGGAAAAAUUUCUGCAGAAAUACUCCCAAGAUUAUGUAUGCAGAUAUGGGAUGUGUAUAAACAGGCAAGGAAUCAGUUAAAAGACUUUAGCAUAUUUCAGGUUCAUGCAAGGGUUGAUGAUUCAAAAGAGCUGCUAAAGAUCUUAGUAAUUAAUGGCUUAUACUUGUUGAAUAAUAGACCUCAAUAUUUUGAAUCUGCCUACUGUUUUGGAUACAUGUUAUCAUGUGCGGUGCAUUGUGGCCCAUAACUUGUGGAAUUCAUUUUAUGUUUUUUGAAUCCUAGCUUGAAUUAAGUCGUAUUCAAAUAGGCUAAACCCACUUUUUGGUACCUAUUUUGAAAUGGCACUUUUACUUAAUUUAAAAAAAACCUUUUAAUUUAUGAGAAAUUAAAAGUGAAAUAAUUGAAACCGAAGAAAUUUAAGAACAAAAAAAUUGUUUUGUGAUUAUUGUUCUUUUAUCAGUAUUGUAGUUACUUUAUCUGUAUAUGUGCAAAUUUUUUUUUUGUUAAAAGUGAAUGCUCAGUCUUUUGAAAUUUGGUAGUCUAAGUAUUUGGUUUUUUUCAGCACAAAUUGUUCAACAUUAGAAACAAAUGAUCUACUUGAAAAUGGAAUGUUUUAUUGAAUUAUAAUUAUAACAUUAUUUCCAAAGAUGAGCAGGUAAAUGUAAUUUCUGUAGAUCAGCACUAAGGAGAAAAUGAGCUGUCACAUCAGAAAUUUGUGAUAAGAUUUUGCAAUAUAAUUUUAUUUUAGGUUUUUAUGGAUAUUGCAUGUGAUAAUUUGGAGUCUAUUGCAAUGGUGUGAUGGUCAGUGUGGGCAGUACAAACCUUUUUCCUUUUCCAGAGUUGUGAAAAGUAGCAAUAGCAACAUUCAGUUAUAAUUUGGAUGACUGUUUCAGGCUACUUAGCUCAAAACAGCUCUGAGGGAAAAGGUAAGUUAGGUGAGGGGGAAGAUUAGCAGUUCUUCAACAUGAUGCAACCUCCAUUAAGUAGCCCUGAAAAAAAAUUAUACAGAGAAAUAAUUGCAAUUUUUAAGUGCAGUUUUCUCUGCUUUGUUUCCAGUGUUGGGUCUGUAACUCGCAGAUUUGGGAGUACUAGUUUUCAGACCAAAACUAGUGUUAUUUGGGGGAAGAUUGUUCUAGUGUGUGUAAGCUCUGUAGAGUUUUGGUGGAUCUAAUCACUCCAAAUUUUGUACUGGAUAAUAAACAUUGUGUAGCAACAAUAAUCUAUUAAAAGGAAAAUGCUGCAUUGGGAUCAUGGCAGGCAUGAAUGAAAAGACACACAUGCUUCAAAAGUAUAAUAAAAUGGAUAUCCAAUAAUAUGUGGUCUGAUGAACUAUGUUUUCUUUCAGCCCUGCAAGACUGUCAAACUGUUUUCGUAGCUUGCAUAUGAAUUUGAAAUAUUUGGAUUCUAAUUUCCAAAAACAUUUAUUGUUAACAUUAUUGUAAUUAUUCAAAAGAGGGGAACAGUAGUGAAGUAUUUUACUUUUCAACUCAAUUGGAUUUUUCUAUUGAGGCCUUUCUGAUACUGUUUAUUUUGUAAUUUGCAUGCCGUGUACAAUUUAACAUUUGGUUUGGAUUAUAAAUCAUGCUGCUCUUUCCCGUCACCAUGUAAAGAAAUGAACAUUGGCAGUUGUAUAUAUGUCACUGCCUGAGGCAUAGAGUUCCUUCCUAAUUGAUAUAUUUGAUUGACAUUAAAUUAUACAGGAAUGAUAGAGGCCGUGAACUCAUAUUUAUGUGCAUGCAUUACCCACAACUUGCAUGCAUAGAACACAAUGUUAAAUAUGUCAGGCAUUACUCGGUAACAAGUUUCAUAGGGGCUAUCACUACUCCUCUCUACUUUACUCAGUGUGGAUUGCCCAGGAAAUCUCAUAUCCAUAGCCAUGCGGUUUUUUAGGUUAACAGGUAACAGAGAGAGAGGGGGAGGGAGGGAGGGACAGAGAUGAUUUCUUGUGCACACCCCCUACAGAUAUUUAGCAUCCUUCAGUAUUGAAAAAAAUUGUUCCUAGGGGGCUUCAUGUAUUCAUUGAAGCUGGCAGUAUGAAAAUUGGGUUCUAUGGGAUGUGUUGGUUAUAUUUUAGCAUCUGCUCCAAUUAUGUCUCCACAAGUCCAUGUUGUGUGUAUGGCCAUUUAAAAAAGGCAUUUGUAGAAUUGCAAUUAAUCUUAAAUGAUACAGGAUCAAGAGAUUGAGAAAGUAGGAACUAAAUUGAAUUGCACAAAAAAGGGCAUUCACUUUCAUUAGUGAAAAUCAUUUCUGAGCUGUUUACAUGCUAAUAUAAACCUUACAAAUAAAUGCAUUUUUUUUAAAUUAAAGAAAACAUAUCAGAAAUUCCUUAAAACCAACUUGAUAUAGCUUGAUAUCUAUAGUGUAUAAACUAUCUAUUGUUGGCCACCAUCAUCAAUACCUCUCCAAAAUAAUGGUUCUUGAUAUAUAUGAAUUUGAAUUAAUUUGACUUUCUUGAUGAUUGCAUAUAAUAAAAUACCACAUAAAUUAGGGCUGUACAAACCUUUGAAAGAGGACCUUCACAGUGUGCUAGGCAGUGAACAGGAUAGCUUUCUUUGAAAUGUUAAAGCAACUGCAUCUUUUUUCUAAAUUCCCACAGUUGUUUUAGAAACUGCCACUUAUAGUCUCCAUGUGCAUUUUCAUAUAUAGCCAUUUCACUUUGCUGAGGUGUGCAAUAGAGAUGUAUCCUGUAUUGCAUCUGGCAGAAAUUUCUUUCCAAAGCUGCCACCACCAUAACGUCUGUUUUAUACCUGAUAAUUGUUUUUAUUCUUAAACAUUGGAAGACCAUGUUAAAUUCUUUUGCUGUGUCUACAUGAUCUUCUCCAAACUUGAUUCACCAUGGUAUUUGUAUUUGAUAACACGAUACUAGCAUUGUGGCAGAAAAUUGUUCCAUGUGGGUAACCACACCUCCACAUACAAAUAACAAAAUGAAGAUAUUAAAUGUUAAUCCUGCAUUUUCCUGCCCUUCGUGAAGAAAAAGGAAAACGUGUUCCUAAAAAAACAUCAGAAUAGUGUUACAAUUCAGCUUGAAAGAAUCUUUGAUCACACAUACAUUUUAAACUCCAUUUAAAAGCAUUAAGUGCACCUGAGACUAUAUGACUGAUGCUUUUUUGAUCAUUAUAAACCAGUAAAUUACUGAAAACCAGAUUUGAGGCAACAGGUGAUUCUGUCAGUGUGCUCUUUUGAUAGGAAGACGUAGCAAAUUUAAUUUUCUUCUGAUUUAAUUGUACGAGGUAUGCAAGGGCAAAUUGUUGUGAGGUAUCCAGCUUGCCCUGUUUGCGUUUGUCAGUAAAAGCCUUUUUUCCUUAAAAGGAAAAAAAAAGUUUUGGAUUGCACUUUUGCAGGGGAAAAAUAUGUACAUAGCAAAUGAAUGUUGAUAAACUUUAAAACAAUUGUUUAUGAUGCCAUUUUUGUGGUGUUAAGUUUUGGGGUUGUGAUUUAUCUGUAUUAAAAUAAUAAAUUGUGGUGGAUUAUG